AUUGUGAAAGCGUGGUUGACCAGGAAGAACUUUACCGGAGCCGUGAAUGUCUCUGCCCUGACUUCACCCUCCAAACUAUGCGGUCUUGUCUAAUCCAAAGCGGAGCUCAGACGGUUCUAUGAGUCCCACCAUGAACACGUCCUCAGUGUCUCUGCUCCAGCUCUCCUGGACCGGGCUCAGACUGUAUGCAUCUAAAGGCCAUCGCUCCGGAGCCCUGAGCCUGAUGGCAGCAGCUUCCACCCGUCUUCCACACACCUCACCCUGUAGACGCUCCUUAUCCAGCAACGUCAAAGUGCGCUCCUACCUGCAGUACGUCAAACGCAAGAUCAUAUCUCCCCCCAGUCCUCCGUACAGCCAUGUGUGUCAGGUAGGAGACCCGGUGCUGCGUUCACAUGCAGCUGCUGUGGACCCUUCAGCUGUAACAGGACCUGAGAUCCAGCGUGUCAUUAAAACUAUGGUGGCAGUAAUGAGGAAGCUUGAGUGCGUGGGACUGAGUGCGCCUCAAAUUGGCGUGCCACUCCGGAUCCUGGCUCUGGAAUAUCCCCAAAAAAUGUUUGAAGAGAGCUCGCCUGCCACGAGGGAGGUCCGCGGUCUCUCCGUCCAGCCCCUAAGGAUCUUUGUGAACCCACAGCUGAGGGUGCUGGAUGGUCGGACGGUGCUGUUUCAGGAGGCCUGUGAGAGCAUCUCGGGCUUCUCUGCCACGGUUCCCCGCUACCUGUCUGUGGAAGUGUCUGGUCUCAAUGAAAAUGGCGAAGCUGUAACGUGGCAGGCUAGUGGCUGGUCGGCCCGGAUCGUCCAGCACGAGAUGGACCACCUGGACGGCGUCCUCUACGUCGACCGCAUGGACACAAAGACCUUCAUUAAUAUCAACUGGCAGGCACACAACGAAUAGAGUGAACACCUGCUCAGGGCAGACUGGCUAACUGGCGAUGCACAUGUGAACGUGUCUUCUGGUUUCUGUGGACCACAGAUCUGUACUUUGACAAUAAAUGCUGAAAGGAUGCA